AUGUCCGUGGUGACACGCGACAUGGCCGACCCGGAGGCCAUCUUCUCCAGGAUGCCAGCGUCCGCGACCCCAGUAUGGGGCGUGUACAGCGUGCAGGUCAACUCGGACUCGGAGGAGGCGCAGGGCAAGGCGCUGGUGAAUGCCGCGGCUGCUCACGGCACGCGCCACUUUGUCUACUCAUCCGGCGACCGCGGCGGGCCCGAAAGGUCGGCCACCGACCCGACCAACGUCAGGAACUUCGCCGCCAAGUUCCGCAUCGAGAAGCACCUCGAGGCGGUGUCGGCCGCCUCUCCACAGAAGAUGACCUACACCAUCCUGCGGCCAGUCACCUUCUUCGAGAACCUGGUCAACGACGUGCACGGUCGCGGCUUCGCGUGCAUGUGGGAGCAGAUGGCGCCAAGAAGCUGCAGAUGGUGUCGACCCGCGACAUUGGCUGGUUCGAGCAUGAGGGAUACGGGGGUGAUGUCGCCGAGUGCCGCCGCGUGUAUCCCAGGAUAA